AAAAAAAUUAAAAAAUAAAAUAAAAUAAAAAGUACAGAUCUAAAAACUCACUUUAAUCAGUUUAGUUGAAGCAGGGGUUGGGCUGUUUUUAGUUUUUUUCUCAAUCUAAUAACAAGGUGAUUCCGUUGUUUAAUCGGCACAAAACCUGCGUUAAAGUGAAUGAUGACACUUUCUAAUACACAGUAUUGAUGUCAUGUGUCUAAAUCAUACAGCUUUCUCUAAUGGCGGAAGAGUUCUUCUGUUUCUGAAGCUAGAUUUAAAAAAUAAAGCACCACCAGGAACAUUAAAAUCGGGCACCAGUAGACAUUUUUAACUUUUUUUUUAUUGUUUGUUUUAUUCCUUAGAUGCUAGUUUCUCUAUAUACUAGUCACAUGACCCGCCCUGACUCUUCCACGUCACAGGAGAGAUGGGCCGUGUCGUGCGGGGAAAGCGAUAGCAAACGUGUCCCAGCGCGCGUUAACAUCUUUAGUUCAGCAACUCAAAAAGACGAGGAGAAAUCGAGCGAGGAGGGAGCAGGGGGGGUCCCGGGGGGGCCUGGUGGAAGUGGAGGCUUCAGACCUGGUUCUGACUCUUUCCUCUCCCAGCCCUGUGGAUCCGGACGGGAUCGAGGUCCAAGUGAACCUCCAGCCCGACCCGGCCGACCCGAGGGAGAAUGCUGUAUAAUUAGAUUAUUAUAUUGUGUAAGAAUGCUGUAUAAUUACAUUGUUAUAUGGUGUAAGAACGCUGUACUGCUGUAUAAUAUUGUUAUAUGGUGUAAGAACGCUGUACUGCUGUAUAAUCGCAUUGUUAUAUGGUGUAAGAACGCUGUACUGCUGUAUAAUAUUGUUAUAUGGUGUAAGAACGCUGUACUGCUGUAUAACUACAUUGUUAUAUGGUGUAAGAACGCUGUACUGCUGUAUAACUACAUUGUUAUAUGGUGUAAGAACGCUGUACUGCUGUAUAAUUGCAUUGUUAUAGCGUGUAAGAAAGCUGUACUGCUGUAUAAUUGCAUUGUUAUAUGGUGUAAGAAUGCUGUACUGCUGUACAAUUGCAUUGUUAUAUGGUGUAAGAACGCUGUACUGCUGUAUAAUCGCAUUGUUAUAUGGUGUAAGAACACUGUACUGCUGUAUAAUCGCAUUGUUAUAUGGUGUAAGGACGCUGUACUGCUGUAUAAUCGCAUUGUUAUAUGGUGUAAGAACGCUGUACUGCUGUAUAAUCGCAUUGUUAUAUGGUGUAAGGACGCUGUACUGCUGUAUAAUCGCAUUGUUAUAUGGUGUAAGAAUGCUGUAUAAUUUCAUUGUUAUAUUGUGUAAGAAUGCUGUAUAAUUUCAUUGUUAUAUCAUGUAAGAAUGCUGUAUAAUUAGCUUCAGCUAGCUGCCUGGAGGAAGGGCGGUCUGUCUAGCCAUGGAUUCCCAGAGGUUUCAUUUCCCCGACUAACUAAAUGGUCAGAUGGGUUUUAUGUUUUUCCUCUCCUGAGUGCUAACGGACCACGCUGGCAUCAAAGCGAGCGAGCAGAGGUGUGCCGAAAAUACAAUUUCUUAUGUGCUGUUGUAUAAUGAAAUUAUUACAAAGUACAACGUUGUUCUUCUGUUGUAUAAUAAAAAUAUUAUAAAGUACAAGAAUGUUCUUCUGUUGUAUAAUUAAAUU